AUGGCGUUAUCGGUUUCAAAUCUCGCCUCUUCUCUCUCUUCGCUCUCUUUCUCUUCCCAGGUUUCCCAGAGACCCAACACCCUUUCGUUCGCCCGCGCGAACUCGGUGUUCCCAUUGCCGACGAAAUCCGCUCGCCGCGCUUCUCUCUCAAUUACUGCCACGGUGGCUGCUCCCGAGGCGGCGGAAGAGGAGACGAUGGAGCUGAAGAAGUACGUGAAAUCGAGGCUCCCUGGAGGUUUCGCAGCUCAGAAAAUCAUUGGUACGGGACGGCGUAAGUGCGCCAUCGCUCGAGUUGUGCUCCAGGAAGGCACCGGCAAAGUUAUUAUAAACUAUCGCGAUGCCAAGGAGUACCUUCAGGGAAAUCCACUGUGGCUACAAUACGUUAAAGUGCCAUUAGUGACACUGGGUUACGAGAACAGCUACGACGUGUUUGUGAAAGCACAUGGAGGAGGUCUCUCGGGUCAAGCUCAAGCGAUUACACUCGGAGUUGCUCGUGCCCUCCUGAAGGUGAGCGCAGACCAUAGAUCGCCUCUGAAGAAGGAAGGUUUGCUCACUAGAGACGCAAGAGUCGUUGAAAGAAAGAAGGUCGGGCUCAAGAAGGCGCGUAAAGCACCACAAUUCUCAAAGCGUUAA